AUGUCUUCAGGAACAACUGGUAAAUAUCAGUUAGGAGGGCAGCAUAGUAUUCCCUCAGAGCUUAGGGAUGCACUUAGGGAGGAAUCUGCACGAAGUACCGAAGAUGACGUACUGAAGCAAAGAAUACAAAGUAGAAGCACCUAUGAUAAGAAAAACAAUUACCAGAAACGCAUAUUUGACCUUAAAACUCACUCCACAGACCUAGACAAUGUGAAGAGGCCGCUUACGGCAACAGAUGAAGAACAAACUGAGAAACGACUUCAUAAGCGAAGUAGAUGGGAUGUCAAGACAUAUGAAUUACCAGAGCAUUCGGAAGAUGCAGAGAAUGCUAUCAAGGAGAAACUGCUUAAGGAAGUGCCGGAUAUGCAUAACAUACGUUUUCUCAAAGAUUCAGAUCAUAAACAUUUCGCAGAUAUUCUCCAAAACGUCUCCGAAGAACAGUUGACGAAGGAAGAAUUGAAAGGAAGAUCACUUUCACUUUUACUCUUAAAAGUUAAAAACGGGAAUACUACGGUCAGAAAAACGGCACUUAGAACAUUAUAUGAGAAAUGUAAUGAUUUUGGUGUUCAAAUGCUCUUUGAUCGCCUUUUGCCUAUUCUUUUGGAUAUGACAUUGGAAGACCAGGAAAGACACCUCAUGCUUAAAGUUGUUAGUAGAGUGCUCUAUCAAUUGAAAAAUAGCAUAAGUUCAUAUACCCACAAAAUUCUAAUAGUUGUCUCGCCUCUUCUGGUUGAUGAAGAUUCUUUGGCGAGAGAAACCGGUAGGGGAAUAAUAACGACCUUAUCACAUGCUACUGGUCUAACAAGCAUACUCUCUGCGGUACGGCAAGAUAUUGACCAUGAAGACGAGUAUGUUAGAAAUAUCACAGCUAGAUCCUUGGCUGUCGUUGGAAAAGCCUUAGGAGUGACACAAUUAUUGCCAUUUUUAAAUGCUGUCUGCAAAACCAAGAAGUCUUGGAGAGCUCGUCAUACAGGAGCCAAAAUAAUUCAGCAGUUAGGAAUAGCAUUUGGGAUUGGAAUAUUGCCUCACUUAGAAAGCCUGUUAGAAUGCAUUCAAGGUGGACUUGUAGACGAACAUAUAUCCUUGCGAAUUUUAGCUGCAAAUACAGCUGCUACUCUAGCUCAAAACUGCUACCCAUAUGGUAUCGAAGCAUUUAACAUUAUGCUAGAGCCUUUGUGGAAAGGAAUCAGAUCACACAGAGGCAAAGUUCUUGCCUCAUUCUUGAAAUGUCUCGGCUCGUUAAUACCUUUAAUGGACGCUGAAUACGCUGGUUACUACACUCAUGAAAUAAUGAGAGUUGUUAAGAGAGAACUGAACUCUCCUGACGAUGAGAUGAGAAAAGCGGUUUUAGUUGUUCUUCAAAAUUGCUGUCGCACGGAGGGCGUGACCCCAAAAUAUUUAAGAGAAGAGGUAGCAUACGAUUUUUUUAGAUAUUGUUGGACAAGACGUACAGCCUUAGAUCGCCAAAUCAAUAAGAUGGUAGUGUACACAACCGUUGUUCUUUCAGAGAAAAUUGGUGCCGCCUACAGUUUUGACAAACUAAUGAAGCCUCUAAGAGACGAGGCAGAACCAUUUAGGACCAUGGCAGCGCACGCUGUCUAUAGAAUUACUGCGUCCCUAGGAACUUCCGGAUUAUCCGAGCGCUUGGAAGAAAGACUUAUUGAUGCUCUAUUAAUUGCAUUCCAAGAGCAAACCAAUAGUGACAAUGGUGUUCUCAAAGCUUUCGAAGCUGUGGCAAGAUCUCUCGACAAAAGUAUGAAACCAUAUUUGUCACCUAUUAUUAGCACAAUUCUUGACCGCUUGAGACACAAAUCUUCAACGGUACGACAACAAGCUGCUGAGCUAUGUGAAAUUAUUAUACCCGUGAUAAAAUCUUGUGGAGAGCAGCAGAUGCUCGAUAAACUGUCUGUGAUCCUUUAUGAGUCGUUUGGAGAAGUAUAUCCAGAAGUUCUUGGCUCCGUUUUGGGUGCGAUGUCAAAUAUUAUUUCUGCAACUGAUAUAUCCACUAUGCAGCCCCCAAUUAACCAAAUCCUACCCACGCUUACCCCAAUUUUGCGAAACAAUAACAGGAAAGUUCAAAUAAAUACAUUGGAUCUUAUCGGUAGGAUUGCUACCUUAGCACCACAGUAUAUUCCACCAAAAGAAUGGAUGAGAAUUUGUUUCGAAUUACUAGAAAUCUUGAGAAGUACCAAUAAAGCUAUCAGAAGAAUGGCUAAUGAUACGUUUGGAUUUAUCGCCAGCGCCAUUGGUCCUCAAGAUGUAUUGGUUGCUUUGUUGAACAACCUGAAAGUUCAGGAGCGUCAGCUGCGUGUUUGUACAGCAGUUGCUAUAGGCAUCGUUGCAAAAACCUGCGGUACUUACACAGUUUUACCAGCGUUGAUUAACGAAUAUAAAACACCCGAAACGAACGUUCAGAAUGGUGUUCUGAAGGCCCUCACAUUCAUGUUUGAAUACAUUGGGGAUAUGUCUCAGGACUAUAUAUAUGUCAUAACUCCACUUUUGGAAGAUGCACUUACUGAUAGAGACCUGGUCCAUCGUCAAACUGCCGCUGAUGUUAUCAAGCAUUUAUCAAUCAAUUGCAGUGGUUUAGGUUUGGAAGAUGCUUUCAUUCAUUUGCUUAAUCUUUUGUUACCAAAUGUUUUCGAGACGUCACCUCACGUGAUAUCUCGUAUUUUAGAAGGUUUAGAUGGACUUUGUCAUGCCGUUGGCCCUUCAAUAUUUAUGAAUUAUGUUUGGGCUGGAUUAUUUCAUCCUGCGCAGACAGUCCGUACUGCUUUCUGGAAAGUUUACAACAAUGUGUAUAUAGAAUACUGUGACUCACUAGUCCCGUAUUAUCCACUACCAGAGCGAAAUGACGUUUUGGUAGAGGAGUUGCAGAUGAUUGUGUGA